AUGACAACUGCAUUCUCAUUUUCACCUUCAGCUGAAGCAACACCAAAGAUAAGAGAGGAUAAUUUUGGGGAAACAUUAGGAAUCAGGGCUAAUCUUCAACAUCAAGAUAUUGGUCCUCCCGAUUUAAUCCACCGUUCAAUUUAUGCCGGAUCAAAAUCAGCAUUAUAUAACCAAAACGAUUUUGUUAAAGAUAAGCAGAAAAAGGAUGAUGAUGGUUAUGUUGGAUAUUAUCAUUUUGUUAAUGGAUUAAAGCCUCAAAGUAGCGAGCAAUAUAUUAUGGAAUUAAUAAAGCAUGGAGCCCCGUAUAAACGAGACGCUAUAAUUACUUAUUGUACAUAUAACAUAUUCAGCAAAACUGAUUUUCGAAUGAAAUAUAUAGUACAUCAUAAAGAUUUACUGGUUGACAAGUCAUACCAAAUUGCUGGUCGAACAGCGUCAGAAAUCCACCCAAAUUAUUUAAAGGAACUUGAUGCGUCACAAAUAGUUCGAUUUAUAUACUAUUUGGAUAAUCCGGAUAAUCAAUUGGUUGGAUUAGUUAAUUUUCCUGAUUAUGUAAAAGAUAAAGAGGCGAUUCUUGGAUCACUUGAUAUAUUGACAAAACAUCUUCCUAAAGGAUACAUGACGGGGACAUCAUCUGGGUAUGGAGCUCCUACUUCAUGCGGGGAUGACAAAAAGACAAACUAUUAUCGUAAUCGAUUGGUCGAUGCGAUAAUAAGAUUGGAUAAGUUGGGGGACUAUAGAAUUAGUCAACUGAUUAAAUUAUUUCAUGGAGACGAGUUUAAUUGUGUGAUUCUUAAAUUAAUCAAGGAUGAACUCGAAUAUAUACAAUUGAUUAAUGAGUCUACAAAGAAACAGAAUUUGUAUACCACACAACUGGCAUUGAUAUUAGUUGAGCAAGUCAAAUUUCUUAUAUCUAAAGAGCAAUAUAAAUUAGCUUUGGAAAUUGCGAAAAAAACGAUAUUGAUAUUACCAUUAGAUUUCGAUUGUUGGUUCUAUUUAGCAUUGUCAUAUAUUUUAGUUAAAGACGUUGAAAAUGCUUUACUUGUUAUCAAUUCAUUGCCUAUCAUUAUAAAUAAAAACAAAGGAACACAUGAUCUACCAGAUUUGUUUGUGUCGACAUUUAUUGAACGACUCGAGUUGGAAGAAGUCAUUUCCGAAAAGCUGUUUUACGAAUAUUUCCCUAAUCCUAAAAAUACCAAUGGCGAGCUUAUUGCUUCUAUUCGGAAAAUGUGGAAUGAUUCAUUCUUAUUUAAUCCUUUGUCUAGGCAUCCUAUUGUGGGACAACAUUUUUCUCAGUCGCCAUUGGUCAACAGUUCUGCUAUUGAAAUUGCAUCGGUGGAUACUAUUCUUGUUAAAACAUGUGCACCAAACUCAACUAAAAAUGCCUUUGCAUCCCAGUCAGCCGGUUCUAGUGCAUCUUCUAUUUUGAACUUUACUCGAAAAUCAACUUGGGGACGAACUUAUGAUCUCUUGUCGUUCAUGGUAGCACUUGUCGGGUGGGAACACGUGAUUUCAAUUAAAGAGAGGUUGUUUAAGCUGAAUGUCGAAACUACCACUGCUGAAAAUAACAAUUAUAUUGUGAACCAUGGAGCUAAGGAAAAGUUAGUGACAUGUGAAGCUUGGUUAGAACAGUUGUUCAUUACAAUUUACGAAGAUCUCCGGACACUAAUGAUCACUAUUGCCAACAACAGCAAUCAGGAACGGAGUGCGUUAGAAUGGGAAAUGAUAGGUUUGUUAGGAUGGCUGGUGAAACACAAUUUACGAGACUCCAUCAGCCUGUUGGUUACUAGUAUUAUUGGCAAGAAUGUGCAAGGUGAGUUUGAUUACUUUAGUACCGUGCAAUUGUUGGAAAUUUAUGAUGAGUUUAUUCUUGAUUGUCCAGGUUACAUGGAUAAUUAUAAUGGCAAGUUUUUCAGCAACAAAUUGAUUUUACGAGUUUCUAGUAAAAAAAUGUGUGAUAGUUUGGUGAAAUCAUUGGAACAAGAGUAUUUCAAGCUUGAUUUUGUUCUUCUUGCAAUAAUUAAGUUGAUUAGUUGGAAUGUGCGAUGGUAUCAAUAUGUUCCUGAUUAUCUUAUAAUGAGCAUUUUACAAAAAUUGAUAGCAAAAUAUGAUCUGGUUUACAUUAUGACUACAAUCAAAAUCAUAUUUGAACAGAACAAAAGGCAGAAAACUACUAAAUCCUUAUUCGGGAAAAAGAAAAAAGAAGGACCCUAUGAAUUUGUUGAAAGUGACACUAUAUACGACUAUAUGGAUUAUCUUGUCAAUUGGAUCUAUAGUAUAUCCUGA